AUGCCUCAACAGGAUCUUGUUGACGAAGAGGUUUGCCCUGACUACAGCUCGGCGAAUUCCUACCCAGCGAAGCCGGGGGACGUACUCACCAAGAAAUUCCAACUACUUGUCAAAAUUGGAUGGGGAUCACAAUCAACCGUCUGGCUCGCCCGAGACAUUUCAAGUGACGAUACUGACGAUGCUCGUCAUGAAAAGGAGAUUGAAAGUCAUAUUACACAGCAAGAUUCAGAGCAGCGGGGCCGCGUCAUUCUACGGACUUGCCUGGAUCAUUUCGAAAGGUGUUUCGUUGAGUACAAGAUUCCUUUGCCUAUUGCGAAGGCCUAUAUCUACUUCCUACUUAUCGGUCUUGAUUAUCUUCACUCAGAUUGCAAAGUCAUCCACACAAAUCUGAAGCUGGGUAAUAUCCUUAUGAGCUUUGAAAUUGAACACAUUUUUACCGACUUCAUUAAACGAUCACAACUGAUGCAAUGCAAGGUUGAUAACAAGAGUGGCCAAACUAUCUACCGCUGCCAUAAUGACUUCGGAGCUCUUGAUUGGAGAGAAAUCAAGAAUAUGAUUCCAAAAAUAGCCGAUUUCGGUCUCGCAACAAGACUGGACAGGCCAGCUACCCGAAAUGGAUCGGCAGGAGAGCAACUGGGCAUUUAUCCGAUCGAACCAGAUCAUUAUCGUGCUCCUGAAGAGAUCCUUGGCUGCGGUUGGGAUUUCAAGGCAGAUAUCUGGAACUUUGGUGUGCUGCCUGUUUUAAACGACACUGGAGAAUUCUGCGAUAACGCUCAAGAAUUUUUCGCUGGCCCUUUCUUUGGCGCAGAUGAUGAAUUCCGCUGCAAUGGCUUGAUCCCGUCCAGAAAUUUAGAGGAUACAACUCCGUUUCUCGAAGAUAUUGAUCGGACAGGAUUUCUAUCUUUUAUUCGUGAUAUGCUCACCUGGCUUCCAGAGGAGAGGAAGACAGCUCGCGAAAUGACGAAUCACCCCUUUCUCAAGCUUAGUGCUUAA